CAACAUCAUUAUGGAUUUAUUUCAAAAACGACAAUUUUUUCAAUUAAUAUCGAACGAUAUUAAUGAUAAUAAUAAUGAUGAUGAUGAAUCAUUAAAUCAAUCAACCAUAAUCGAAUUGGCUACAUUUUCUAAUGUUCAUAUUGAUGAUGAUGAUAAUAAUGAUGAAAAUGAUGAUGAUGGUAAUAAAAUUGAUUCAGAAAAUGAAUUUGAUGAUGGUCAUCAUUCGAAUUAUCAUCGAAUACAUUCGGAACGUAAUUUUGUUCUUUAUACAAGUGAUUAUCGAUUACAUUUGUUUCAAUAUGGUUUGUUUGACAAUUUCAUCGUUGAACAAACAAACAAUAAUAAUAAUAAUGGUGAUGGUCAGAAAAAAUGGCAACAUUGGAUUAUACCAAUUGAUCCGGAUAAAGGUUCAAUUGUAUCAAUGUGUUUCAAUCAAAAUGGUCAACAAUUAUUAGCCAUUACAAAUAAAUCAAUAAUCUAUGUGAUACCAUUUAAUUUUAUUUCAUAUUAUGAUCCAAUAAUCAAUCAUUAUCGUACUGUGAUUGAAAAUGAUGCUAGUCUACGUAUGAAUUGUCGUAAAACAAUUCAACAACCAACAUCGAUUGUUUGGUGGCAACGUAAUAAACAUUAUGUAAAACAACGUUUAUCAAUUGCAUUGAUUGGUACAAAAUCCGGACAAAUAUCAAUGAUUGAUUUGGAUUUGGAUCAAGAAUUUAAUCGUUGUUCCAUUUCAGAACCAAUUCGUUCAUUAAAAAUUUAUGAUGAAAUGUAUAAUCGUUCAUUAUUGAUAACCAGUGAACAAGGACAACAAUAUCAAUUAAUAUUGGAAGAAUUUCGUUGUACAAAUCAACAACAACAACAAUCAUCAAUAACAACAACAACAAAAAUCGAACCAUGUUUAACAACAAAAACAUCUAUUUCAACAUCAUCACCUUUA